AUGGAGACUAUCAAAAGUGUCCUCGGGUUUGAGUGGAUGGACGGCAGAAGUAUUUUAAUAUUUCUGUUUGUUUUUGUGCUAAUUGUCAACUUUUUGAAGAAAAAACCGCUGAAAGGCUUUCCCCCCGGACCGCGGGCUCUCCCUUUGAUCGGGGACCUUCAUCACAUCGACCCCAGGAGGAUGCACCUGCAGUUCACAGAGUUUGCAGAGAAAUAUGGAAAGAUUUUCAGCCUGCAGCUCUUUGGUGGAAGAGUUGUGGUCAUCAAUGGAUACAAGCUUGUGAGGGAGGCCCUGGUCCAAAAAGGGGAGGACUACGUCGAUCGCCCCUUCGUACCUAUUUUAGAUGCAAUGGUUGGAAACAGAGGUCUGGUGAUGUCAAACGGCAAUCUAUGGAAGCAACAGAGGAGAUUCGCUCUUCAUACUCUCAGGAACUUUGGAUUGGGCAAGAAGACCCUGGAGCCAUCCAUCCAGCAGGAGGGCCAAUAUCUCACCGAGGCUUUUGCCAAUCACAAAGGACAGCCUUUUAAUGCCCAGCAGCUGAUAUCCAAUACUGUGUCCAACAUCAUCUGCUGCCUGGUGUUUGGGGAUCGCUAUGAAUACGCUGACAAGUGGUACCAGAGUAUGCUUCAGGACUUUAGUGAGAUUGUGAACUUAGAGGGAAGUCUUGGUGUACAGAUGUACAACACUUUGCCCUGGCUGAUGAAGUGGUUGCCUGGAUCUCACCAAAAGUCUUUCAGUCUGUUACAAAGGAUCAUUGACUUCAUAGAAAUGAAGAUCAAAGAACACAGAGAGAGUCUUGACCCGUCCUCACCAAGAGACUACAUCGACUGCUUCCUCACAGAGAUGGGAGAGAAGGAGGACAAAGACUCUGGUUUUGAUAUCAAGAAUUUGUGUUUUUGCACCAUGGACCUGUUUGGUGGCGGAACUGAAACUACUACAACUACUCUACACUGGGGACUGCUGUACAUGAUCUACUACCCUAAAAUACAAGAGAGAGUCCAGGCUGAGAUAGACGCUGUGAUUGAUUCAUCCAGAGUGCCCUCUCUAAAUGACAAAGAAGACAUGCCCUAUACUAACGCAGUCGUUCAUGAGAUCCAGAGAAUGGGCAACAUCCUUCCCCUUAAUGUGGCCCGCAUGGCAACCAAGGACACCACACUCGACAAGUACACAAUCCCAAAGGGCACCAUCGUCAUGGCCACCCUGAACUCGGUUCUUCACGAUGAGACGAUGUGGGAAACUCCGCACUCCUUCAACCCUCAACACUUUCUGGAUCAAGACGGCCAGUUUAGGAAGAGAGAGGCCUUCCUUCCUUUCUCAGCAGGGAAGCGUGUGUGUCCCGGGGAGCAGCUGGCCAGGACAGAAGUAUUCCUCUUUUUUACCUCCCUUCUCCAGAGGUUUUCUCUCUCUGCACCGGACGGAGAGCAGCCCAGUCUGGAGUUCGUGUUAGGAGGCGUUCGCUGUCCCAAACCUUACCGCCUCUGUGCUGUACCCCGAUAAACCACCAGCUGUCCCAGAGUCAUCAUCUAUGUUUCACACAAAAGACAACA